GACACAAGAUAGAAGAAUAUGGCAUCAUAAUCUGACUGAAUAUAUUUUAGAGUUGGUGGGAGGUGAAGAUGAAAGAGAGAGAGGAAGAGAGAGAACGAGAGCAAGCAGGGGACACGGAGAAUCACUGCCCAAAAAGGAGGGACAGAUUUGGGAGAAGAUUUGGUUUUGUCCGGUUUCUGGAGGUGAAGGAUAAGAAAGAGGUGGAACGCCAAUUAGAUCAGAUUUGGAUUGGUCACACAAAACUCAAGGCAAACAUCCCCAGAUUCAAAGAGGAAGACCCGAAUGGUAAGAAGGAAAGCAAACCAAAAAUUGGGAUGCAAAACCAUCCUGAAAGUCGCCCGAUAAACAAUCAGAUGCAAGGAGAGUCGGGAAGAAGAUGGGGCAGUAGAAUGGUUGUACCACACCAGUCUUAUGCAGAUGUCCUAAGAGGUAGCAGAAACAUCAGACCCAUGGCAAAGCAUAGAGGAAACUCAAGGACGAAGCACUCAGAAAAGCCUAAUAGAAGAAAAUGGCAGAAGAAAAAUAAUGACAAGGAAUGGACAGGUUUUGAGUUCAAUGAGAGAUUUUACAUGGAGGGAUAUUUUGCAUGUAAGCUGAAGGCAAUGGGAGGUAAGCUAGUUCUCUUGGAGAGUGAAGAUAAAGAUGAAUUGAAGGACUUAGUGGAGAAUGCUUCAGAUUGGUUCGGCCAAUGGUUCAAGGAGAUCAAACCUUGGAGUCCUUGCAUGGUGGAAAAUGAACGUUUCGUAUGGAUUCGAUGCACAGGUGUUCCACUACAUUCUUGGGGGCCUACAUUUUUCUCCACUCUUAGUUGUAUCUGGGGAAAAUUCAUUACUUUGGAUGAAAGCACAAGCAAGAAGAAACGUUUUGACAUUGCAAGAUUCCUUAUAUGCACACCAGUCAUGGAUUCGAUUUCAAAGAAGCUCAAAGUCAAGAUCAACGUAACAGUGUACAAUAUCAGAGUGGCGGAAGAAGAAUUCUCCAAUAGUUUAUUUUCUAUCAAAUCAAAUUUCAUUCUAGAUUUUCCAAGUGAUUUCGAAAUUGAAUCCAAGGAAACUUGGGAGAUUGAUAGCGUGGAAGAUGAAGCAUCAAAGGGAGUUGAUAUGGAAGUUGAAAAGUUAUUCAGUGACAUGGAGAUUAGGGUGCCUGGGGAGGAAGAAGAAGACGUGGCACUUGAAGAUUGGAUGGCGAUUCAAAAUCUAAAAUCCCAAUCACAGGGUUUUGAAAUUGGAGAGAGAAACAAAAAGGAUUUGUUGGGAAAAUCUCAAUCGAUUGAGCAGGGUGAUAUCCAAGAAAAUAUUAAUGAAUCUACUGAAAAGGUAGAGGAGAGCUUGGCUGUGUAUCAUAAUUCGAAGAUAGCUGCUCCACUUCAAAAUAUUGGUGAACAGAACAUGGAUGCUGGACAUAGGCUGGUGGGUGAAACUUUUAGGCCCAACAAUGAGGAGACCACGGAAUCUGUUAAUGGGCCAACUCAAGGAAAAGAUAUGGAUAAGGUUCCAGCAAACAUGGGUGAUGAUAUCCAAAAUGCCAAAAAUGCCUUUCCAGUAAGAUGUAAUCAGUUCACAUCUGAGAAAGCUUCGGACGAUAUGGAGGGACCAAAUCAAAAACCAACCAUAUUAAAAGGUUUAGAGGUAGAAGGUAAUAUUUCAUUUUGGGAGGGGAUGGCCAGUGAGUCAGAAAGAGCUGUAAACUGGAGAAAAAGACAGGUGAGAAGGAAGAAAUCAAAGAAUCGCACAAAGAAGAGAGCCAGAUCUUGCAUCGCAAUCUACAAAGCAACCUCAGCAAUACUCCAAAAGAGGAACAGGGGUGAAAAAUGUAAAGGUACACAACAAUUGAAAGAAAAUCUACCAACUUUCUUGCCCAAUCCGAAUAAAGUGGUGGCUGGUGAAUCUGUGGGUGACAGUGGCAUUAUAAAUCGAAAUAAGGAGAUUCGCAAAGGGUGGAAAAAACAUAGAACUGAGGAAAUUUGGGAACUUGCUAAGCAGAUCGGAAUAGUUGGUCAAGGUGAGGAAUUGGACAUAUGCCAACAGAUUAAACGCAUGGAGAAAAGAGACAGAGCAGCUAAAUUGGGAACAAUAGCAAUUAGCAAAGGCAAUGGAAAGCAGACGUUAAGACAGAAGAUUGUAGAGCAUUACACAAGUUAUUUCAAGGAUGAGGAAUGGAGAAGACCAACAUUGGACGACAUAGAUUUUAACAGGCUCUCCCCAGAUUCUGCUGCCAUGUUAGUUGACAAUUUUACCGAAGAAGAAGUUAAUAAGGCAGUUUGGGAUUGCGGAGUUUCAAAGGCACCAGGCCCAGAUGGAUUUAAUUUUCAAUUCAUAAGAGAAAUGUGGGAGGUGUUGAAGGAAGAUAUCGUGGGCUUCAUACAAGAAUUUCAUGAGAAUGGCAAGUUAGUCAGAGGAUUGAAUGAAUCUUUCAUUGUACUCAUCCCUAAGAAGGAGAAUCCAUUAGAGUUGGAGGAUUUCAGACCCAUUUCCCUAAUUGGUGCUAUGUAUAAAAUCCUAACUAAGAUACUCGCAAACAGAUUGAGUCGAGUUAUGCAGGAAAUCAUUGGGGAACAACAAACAGCUUUUGUGAAAGAUGACACGAUUUUAUUUGGAUAUGCUACAGAGGAAAAUAUAUGGGCUGUGAAGUGUAUCACAAGAAUUUUUGAGCUUGUUUCUGGACUUAAGAUCAACUAUGUGAAAAGCCAAUUGAUGGGAGUGCAUGUGGAUGAAGAAUGGCUAUCAAGAGCUGCUGCAAUUUUAAAUUGUAAGCUGGGAAUUAUGCCUUUCAAGUAUUUAGGGGUCCCUAUUGGGGACAACCCAAGAAGAUUGAAAAUCUGGCAACUGCUGGUGGAAAAUUUCAAGAAGAAGUUGUCACAAUGGAAAGGGAGAUUUGUAUCUAUGGGAGGUCGAAUUACUCUGAUAAAUGUUGUGUUGUCAAGCUUACCAUUAUUUUUGAUGAGUAUGUUUCUCAUUCCAAAAGGGGUGGUUAAAAAAUUAGACUCCAUUAGGAGAGCUUUUUUAUGGGGAGGGAAUGAUGAGAAAAGAGUGAUUAAUUGGGUAGGGUGGGAAAAUGUGUGCAAAAGCAAAGAGGAAGGGGGUCUUGGAGUGAAAAAUCUUCGAACUUUUAAUUUAGCCUUAAUGGGGAAAUGGCGGGGAAGGUUAGCUAAGGGGGAGGGUGGUUUGUGGCACAAGGUUUUAAAGGCUAAGUAUGGGAGAGGGGGCGUAAAUUGGACGAGAUGGAUGAAAGAGAACAGUGAGUUAGGAUCUCUAUGGUGGAGAGAUGUAUGUAGGCUAAAUGAGAUAGGGGGGAGUAACAUAGGAUGGCUAGAGAAAGGUUUUGAGUUGGAUGUGGGGGAAGGUAAGGAGAUGCUGUUUUGGAAGGAGAAUUGGGUGGGGAUUGGUGAGUUGGCCAACUUGUUCCCUAGACUAUUUUUAUUAUCUACAGGUAAAGAAAAUGUAAUAAGUCAAAUGGGCAAAUGGAAGAAUGGAGAGUGGACUUGGGAUUUGAAGUGGAGGCAUGCUCUUCGGGAAGAGGAAGCUAUCCAAUUACAGAAUAUGAUUAGUAGGUUGAACACCAAAUCACUUACCAAGGGAAGAAGGGACGUAUGGCACUGGAAACAUGAUCAAAAUGGCAUCUACAGUGCAAGUUCAGGUUACCAGACACUAUCAAGAUCCUUCUCACCCAUAAGGGGGGUGUUCUUGCUGAAUCCUGUUCAAAGGCUUUUGUUCAACAUGAAGGCUAGUUCAGAGAUAAAAGGUCAAGGGAGGGAUGGGAGGUGAUUUGGUUUGCAGUCAUAUGGACAAUUUGGUUAGCUCGUAAUGGAAAAAUCUUCUACAAUGAGACAGUGGAUACAGACCAACUAUUUCGAUUGAUUCAAGCCAGAUCAUUCAUAUGGCUUAAGGAGAGAAAAAGAGGACACAAAUUUUCCCUCUCAGACUGGUUGCAAGAUCCUAGAUUGAGCAUGAGGAAUGGUUAGCAAAUUUUUGAAUUUGUGUGUUUAUGUAUGUUUUAAGAAGAAAUCUGUCCAAAGUCU